GGCCGCCGAUAGAUGCCAAGGCUGCACCCACAGCCAUAGAGAUUCUUCUUCUUUUCUUCCAAACUAAAAAGGACCACUCUUUUUUCUUUCUACUUGCAACUUGCAACUUGCACCUUCUCCUUCUCAAUCUUGUAAUUCUAUUUCCUCCACCAUAAUGCUGCGCAAGCUUGUGUCAGGGCCACGCAAGAACAAGCCUGGCACAGUUCCCGUUCACCUCAACGUCUAUGAUCUCACCCCAAUCAACGGCUAUGCCUAUUGGCUUGGCCUUGGAGUCUACCAUUCUGGGGUUCAAGUUCAUGGAUUGGAAUAUGGUUUUGGUGCGCACGAGCACGACACAACGGGGAUUUUCGAAGUCCAACCCAAACACUGCCCUGGGUUCACUUUCAGAAAGUCAAUUUUCAUCGGAACAACAGAUCUGGGUCCGAAGGAUGUUCGAGCAUUCAUGGAGAAGCUGGCUCAGGAUUACUCCGGCAACACCUAUCAUCUCAUUUCCAAGAAUUGCAACCAUUUCUGUAACGAUGUUUGUCUCAAAUUGACCGGAAAGUCAAUCCCUCGUUGGGUCAACCGGCUUGCUCGACUUGGUCUUCUGUGCAACUGUGUUCUCCCACCUGGCCUAAAUGACACAAAGGUUUCACAAGCUGCAUCAGACAGGGUUCAAGAAGGUGAAAAGAGGAAAAUAAGAAGCCAGUCCUGCAGGUACGAGGGUUCCUCCAAUCCUUCAUCGUCGCAACGUUCAGCAAUUAAAAGUAGUAGUAGCCAAAGGCAUUGCCAUCCUCCAUCUUCAUCUUUGAUUAAUGCUGCUUCAGCUUCAACCUUAACAGUGAAGUAAAAAGCUUUGACAGAAACUCAGGUUCUGAAAUAUAGGGGUUUAGAAUUAUGUAAGCAACCCAAGAUAAGCAAAAGGAAGAAAAAUGGUUGCUUUGUUUUGUCUCUGUUCGUUGUAAAAUGCUUUCUUUAGUAAAUGGGAAGUUCCUUUGUUUCUACAUUUUUUGGACUAUGUAUUCUUGAAUCUUGAUUAAUGUUACAAUAGUCGAUGUAGCAUUUAGCCGUGUA